GUUAAAUUGCCGAGCAGUUUUGCAGCGACUUGUCAUGGUCAGUAGCGGUUAUAUUUUGACAGCAGUAUUCGCCUCUUAUUUUUUAUUCAUUUUACGAAUUAAUUCAGCUUUAACAAUGAAGACAAUCAUUGCAGCAUAUUCUGGCGUACUGCGAGGUACUGGAGCAAGUAUUCUCUCAGCCUUCCAGGAUUUACCAUCUAUUCCCUGGCCUUCAAACUCAAAGUUGGUGAAGCAACUGCAGAUAAUCUCUGUUCUUCAGUGGGUCAUUACCUUUCUUGUUAUGGGUGCUGCAUGUACGCUGCUACUUCUUUAUAUGUUCUGUACUGACUGCUGGGCGAUUGCUGCUCUUUAUAUAGCCUGGCUUGUGUUUGACUGGAAUACCCCAGAAAAAGGAGGCAGACGUUCUGAAUGGGUCAGAAACUGGACAGUCUGGAAACACUUUCGAGAUUACUUUCCAAUAAGAUUGAUCAAAACCCAUACCUUGCUGCCGAGCAGAAAUUAUAUUUUUGGAUAUCAUCCACAUGGCAUUUUCUGUUUUGGAGCAUUCUGCAACUUUGGUACAGAAGCAACUGGGUUUUCAAAAAAAUUUCCAGGCAUUCGCCCUCACCUUGCUACACUGAGUGGGAACUUUAGAUUGCCACUGCUGCGAGAUUAUUUAUUAUCUGGUGGAAUUUGCCCUGUUAAUCGAAAAGCAAUAGACUACAUUCUCUCAAAGAGCGGAACUGGCAAUGCUGUAGUCAUUGUUGUAGGUGGUGCUGCUGAGUCUCUAGACUGCACUCCUGGGAAGAACGUAGUGACUCUGAAGAGCCGUAAAGGAUUUGUGAAGCUCGCCUUGCAACAAGGUGCUGACUUGGUUCCUGUAUAUUCAUUUGGAGAGAAUGAGGUCUAUAAACAGAUUAUUUUUGAAGAAGGUUCUUGGGGAAGAAAUCUUCAAAAGAAAUUUCAAAAGAUAAUGGGAUUUGCACCUUGUUUGUUCCAUGGCUGUGGAAUGUUUUCUGCAAACACUUGGGGAAUUGUGCCAUAUUCCAUGUCAAUCAACACUGUUGUUGGUGAACCUAUAACAGUGCCAAAGAUUGAAAACCCAACACAAGAGGAAAUCGACCAAUAUCAUGACUUGUAUAUACAUUCUCUGAUAAAACUGUUUGAGAAAUACAAGACCAAAUUUGGUUUACGAGACAUGGAUACUCUGGAAGUCCGCUAAGAGGAAAAAAUGUGUUUGAUACUGAACUUGCUGCUCUGUUAAUAAGAUUUCCAUGGAUGUGUUUAAUCAUGAGUUAAGUGACUUUUUUGUUUACAGACCAUUAUUCUAUGAAUAGUUUAGUUAACUGUAAUUUGGAGGUGGGCUGUUGAAUGGGGAAUGCUUAAAAAGAGAUUCCUCUAAUUUUUCUAAGGCGAUUCCCAUAACAAAGUGUUACUUGUGUCGAUAUUUGUAAUUAUAAUGGUUUCAUUGCUCCAAUUUUAAUGCUUAAUAGUCCACUGACUUUGUCAAAAUGUACGAGUCUUUAGACUAGACAAAUGGGUGUGUGGAUUCGGAUUGUCUGGUUUUACAACAUUUAAUGUAACAACAAAAUUCUGCUAUGGGGUUACUAGUUUUCAGUGAAAAUUAAGGAAGGUUUCUCUUCUCAAAAGUUUAUUUUGCAUAAACAUUAACCAAAUUUUUCAAGAUUAGAGAAACACUGUCAAACAGUAUUUUGCACUUUUGAUAACCAUUAUAUAUUAGGUUAAUUGCACAGAUUCUAGCAUAUUUUUCUAUUUAUAAAAUGAGUGUAAACACACAGAUUGUGCAAUAUGAAGGUUUUUAAAUCCUUGAGGCAGCACUUGUAUGGUUAAAUUAGACCUAUAAUUUUUCUUCUAUAUUUGUACUGACAUUGUGCCAUUUGGUUAUUUGUCUCAAAUAAAUAUUUAUGUAAAUUGUGUAGGAUUUUUUUUUAACUAGUAAAAGUACAAUAUUGCCACAGAUUGCAUUCUAUAUCUGUAUUUUCAAUAAUGUAAAUGGCUUAAUGUGCCUAACGAAGGGUAGGGUGUGUUUCCAAUAGUUAAACACUAUUCCAAAUGUGUUCUGAAUGUUUGAAGGGGUAGAAAUAAGUUGUGUGCGUGUGUGUUUUUGUUUAUAUUAAUGUUGUACAUGUAUGCAUUUAAGAAAUUACAUAAUGUAUUUGUAUAUGCAUUAAACUGUGAUUGUCUGUAUUUGAAACCAUGCACUUUAUCGCUUUUGGUUUUUUUGACCAAGGUGCCUUUCUUGUUGGUGGUACCUUUUUAACGGUGAAUGAGAUUCUGGAAAGAUUACUAUCUUGAUAAACUACUGAAGUGCCUAUUAUAUAUAUAUAUAUAUAUAUAUAUAUAUAUAUAUAUAUAUAUAUCUAUAUAUAUAUAUAUAUAUAUAUAUAUAUAUAUAUAUAUAUAUAUAUAUAUAUAUAUAUAUAUCUAUAUCUAUAUCUCUGCAAUGUUUAUAUUUCCCUCAUCCAAAAAUCCCAAUUGUAACUGUUUUUUAAACAGUAAAGGUGUGUUUUUUUUUUUUGUUUUUUUUUAAUGAAAAUUCUCAAUACAGUCAUGGAAAUUUGACAAAGCUUUGAAUGCUACAGUUAUUUGAUAAGAAUGGUGGAAUUCUUACUCUCCUGGAAAUGUUCACAAAAAGCAGCCUGAAGUAUUUAUCAAAAUAAUAAUAGAGUGACCUGAUGUGCUGGUAAUUUUAUACAGGUUUUAUACCUUGAUUUUCAUGGUACUAUGUGAAUUAUGUUAAUAAUGAAUGUGUAUUUAAAGUACCAUUCAUUUACAUGAACACAAAAUUAAGAAUGCCAAAGUCAAAAAUUACUUUUUUUUUUUUUCCCAAUAUAGUAUUUGAAGAAAUCGAGUAAUAUUGUAAUUCAAAACUUUUGGCUGAUGUGUUUGUGAACAUCCUCUUCUGUAGUCUUAUCAGGGGUAAAUUUAAAAAUAAAAAAAUAAAAACUUGGGAGAAAGAAUGUAGACUUUUUUGAUUGUCUUAGUACAUAUACAUUUUAAUCUACCUGCAGCUCUGCAAUGUAAGGAUGUGCAUUGAUCAUUUGCCCAUGUGUUUAUAGUGGAUUAAUUAUAUGAUGUGAACAAAGAAUUAGAGCUACAUCUCUGGAAACUUCAUAAUGUUAAUGUUGUAUGUUGCAUGUGCUGGUUAAAUGAAGUACAUCAAUUCAAAAUUUACCUGUGUUUUUUUAUGUACUCUUUAUCAAUUUUUACGAUGCACAUGUUCCAAGUGUUGAUGUGAGAUGCUUUCCAACAAUGAGGCUGAUUUGAAAUCAUAGUAGAUUAAAGUGUUCUUUUCAGUGGCUAAUUGUUGACGAAUGUCUGUUUUAUUCAACAAACCAAUAAAAUCUUAACUUUUUUUUGUAACAGAA